AUGGACGGCGGCCACCCUGCCUGCUUGCUUAUCGGCCCGCCACAUGACAGCUCUGGGGCACACCUCACAGGCCCCUUCCCCCGCUUGGACCGGUUGGGAUUCCCCCGAUCCCCGCCGAAGCCUGCGGAGCGCACUCCGAAGCCCCGGACCUAA